AUGGCCGACAUGGCUGCUGUCGACGAGAAACUCUCCCCCAACCAGCAUGAUGAGCUGCAGCAGCCGGGCAACGGCACCGACGCCCGUGGGACCAAGCGCAACCGCAUGAGCGCCGAGGAUGAUGAUGACGACGAUGACAAGCCCGGCCGUGAGCGUCGCAAGAUCGAAAUCAAGUUCAUCCAAGACAAGUCGCGUCGCCACAUCACCUUUUCUAAGCGAAAGGCCGGUAUCAUGAAGAAGGCCUACGAGCUUUCAGUUCUCACCGGCACUCAGGUGCUCUUGCUCGUCGUGUCGGAAACUGGCCUCGUCUACACCUUCACCACCCCCAAGUUGCAGCCUCUCGUCACCAAGCCUGAAGGCAAAAACCUUAUCCAGGCCUGCCUGAAUGCACCGGAUCCUACCACCAACGAGAAUGGCGUCGACACCGGUGACGUCCCUGCCGAGACACCAGAGGACGUUGGUCACAACGUGAAUGCGCCGCAACCCAACAUGGCGCGUCCGGGCAUGCACCCGGGCUACAUGACCAACGAGCAGCAGCAGCAGAUGGCCUAUUAUCAGAACCUCCAGCAGCAACAGCAAGCUACUGCUCAAUAUCCUGGCAUGCCCGUGGGCAAUCGCAUGCCCCCCCAACAUCAACCCACGGCGUAA